AUGAUUAAAAGAAUAUUAUCUAGAUCAUAUAUAAGGCAUUAUAGUAGUAGUAGUAGUAGUAGUAGUAGUAGUAGUAGUAGUAGUAGUAGUAGUAAUAGUAGUAGUAGUACAACUAAUAAUAAUAAUAAUAAUAAUAAUAAUAAUAAUAAUAAUAAUAAUAAUAAUACGAAUACGACAAUCCUUUUGAAACCUGAAAUGCCAACCAAUUGUUGUGGUAAUAAUUGUGUAAAUUGUGUUUGGGAUGGUUAUUUUAAUGAUUUGGAGGCAUAUAAUUUAUCAACCAACCACCACCAAGAUGAAGAUGAAUCACUUUCAACUUCAAAUCAAGAUGAAGAUCCAAUGCAAUACUUUAUGAAAAUGGAACGUCACUUUGCUUUUCAAAAAAAGAAAAAUAAUAAACAACAAAGAGACCCUCCUCCUUGGAAAAUUAGUUUAUCAAUUCAAAAUGAAGAUUUAAUAUUAGAUGAAACGAUGGUCUAUUCAACAGUACCAAAUCAAAUCAACAAAAAAUGGAUAAAAUCUUUACUUUUAAUGUCAAUGGUAUCAAAGAGAUGGUUUGAAGAGAUUCAAAGAUGGUUUAAUUGUUUAGAUCCGAGAUGGGGGAUGAAUAGAGUUUUUAAUCCUCUUGUAGACAAUGUAAAUCUUUUUCUCAAACAUUUGCAGUCACCCUAUUGUCUAUACAAACAAAUUGGUACUUUACAGAUUGAAUAUCAAGAAGUAGAAUAUGGUUUUGAUUCAUAUACAAUUGAAAAGGUUGCAAGAUCAAUUAAUAAGAAAUUAUUUAAUCAACCUUGUAGUUUAUAUAUUCAAUGGUUAGAGAAAAUGAUAAAUCAAAUCAUUCAAAAAAAAGAUAAAGAUAAAGAUAAAUCAACAACAACAACUAUUAAUAAUUUAUUAAUGAUGAUUGGAGGCAUUUCAAGAAUAUUAUUAAUACCAACUUUUAAAAGACCAAAAUUUAAUCAAAUUUAUAAAAUCUUAUUAUAUAUUCAAUUUUUUAAAUCUUUUCUUCAUCAUCAACAAAUCAAUCAAUCCUCUUCUACUUUUUCUUUUAAAUUAAAUAAUAUAAAUAUAUAUUAUGAUCAUUUAUUAGAUUUAAAUGAAUUUAAAGAAUAUCAACAAUUUAUAAAACAACCAAAUAUAAAAAAUCAAAAAGAAAUAUUGGAAAUGAUUGGAAAUGAUCAAUUAAUUGGUGAAUCUAUUAUAUCUUUAUCAAAUAUCAGAUGCGGUGCCAAUGCCAUCAAUUAA